AUGGGCGUAGUCAUAUCUGUCUGCACGACGUGGAACGGCAUCUCCUACGAGUGUAGUCUUACCCCACAUGGCAAGACCUUUAAGAGGCCUCGUCGUCCGUUCGAGAAGGAACGGCUCGACGCGGAGCUGAAGCUGCUCGGAGAGUAUGGUCUGCGUUGCAAGCGUGAGCUGUGGCGCGUGCAGUACGUUCUCUCGCGUAUUCGUAAGAACGCUCGCGAGCUGCUCACGCUCGACGAGAAGAGCACUCGCCGCAUCUUCGAGGGUGAGGCUCUGCUGCGCCGCAUGCACCGCUACGGUCUGCUGGAGGAGAGCCAGAACAAGCUCGAUUACGUGCUCGCCCUGACUGUCGAGAACUUCCUGGAGCGUCGCCUUCAGACCCUCGUCUUCAAGACCGGCCUCGCCAAGUCCAUCCAUCACGCCCGUGUCCUCAUCCGCCAGCGCCACAUCCGGGUGGGGAAGCAGAUUGUGAACAUUCCGUCCUUCCUCGUGCGACUCGAGAGCCAGAAGCACAUCGACUUCGCUCUGACCAGCCCGUUCGGCGGUGGCAGGCCAGGCCGUGUGAAGCGCAGAAACCUCAAGGCUGCCUCCAAGAAGGGCGAUUCUCCUGUCUGCAUGCUCGCCUUCUCCCCGCAAGCCCCAAGUGUGCGUCUCACGUUCUCCUUGUCCUCCCCAUCGACUCCUUGCCUCGUUCGCGCCGUGUCUGCUCGCGUCCACAUGCGCCUUGCUCCUUCCUGCAUGCGCUGCGCCGUCGCUUCUGUUCUACAUCCGCAGUCUACUCUCCCCCUCUCCCCCUUCCUUUUCUCUUCCGCCGCAUCCCUCUUCUACAACCUUCUCUUUCGACCACUCUGUCCUUCCCUUUUCGUCUCUCGCGAGCCGUUACAAUAUGAAGCUCCCUUCUUCACCCCUCGUCUUCCCCUCUCUCCAUUGCAAUGCACAGAGGAGUGCAGGAAGUUUCUCAGCAACUACCGCGAUGCGGAAGGCAUCUUCAAGUACAUGCGAUUGCUGCAAGACGUGGCGGAUCGCAAGCUCCACGUCAUCAACAUCCACAUGGCAGAGAUCGUUGCGGUUAGCAGCAUUCCAGCCCCUCCCAUCAUCACCCCAUUCCCUUUCGUUCUCUCCUUCCCUUCAUUGCUCUCCUGUUUCACUCUGCGGCAUUUCAUCUUCGCCCUGUCCACUCCUCAGGCUUCAUACGGGGGGGGCAGCAACGACGAUCUGGUGGCGCGCAUCUACAGCAACGCGCGGCGCUACAUCACGCUCUUUGCCGAGGCGGCAGACGACCUCAUGCCGGAGCCGUCGCUGGCAGGGGGCGGGGAGGAGAGGGAGGAGGACGUGUACGACGUGCUCAUGAGGCAGCGCGCGGAGCAGCACGCGGAGAACCUCGCUCAGGGCGAUGCUGCUGUGGCCGCCGUCGACCCGCUCUUCCAGCUGCCCGCGCUGCUGCGCCGCCGCUUCGACCUGCACUUGGUACCGGAGCCGAAGCGCAAGGCGCAGGCGAUACGCGAGGUGGGGGCGGGGCAAAUAGGGCGCCUGGUGGUGGUGAAGGGCAUCGUCACACGCUGCACGGACGUGAAGCCGCUGCUGCAGGUCGCCACGUACACAUGUGAUGAGUGCGGCUUCGAGAUCUACCAGGAGGUGACAGCACGCACGUUCAUGCCGCUGUUUGAGUGCCCGUCCACGCGCUGUCGCACCAACAACGCACGUGGCAGGCUGCACCUGCACACGCGCGGCUCCAAGUUCCAGAAGUUCCAAGAGGCGCGCAUACAGGAGCUAGCAGAGCAGGUGCCCAAGGGGCAUGUGCCGCGUGCCAUGACAGUGCAGAUCAGGGGCGACCUCACCCGCCAGGUGCUCCCUCCCCCAACUCACCCGCCAGGUGCGCCCUCCCCCACCUCACCCGUCAGGUGCGCCCUCCCCCACCUCACCCGCCAGGUGCGCCCUCCCCCACCUCACCCGCCAGGUGCGCCCUCCCCCACCUCACCCGCCAGGUGCGCCCUCCCCCACCUCACCUGUCAGGUGCGCCCUCCCCCACCUCACCUGUCAGUGAUGACUGCGCCACUUAAAGGACUCCUGGGCAAGCCAGACUCCCUUUCCCUCAUCCAUCUCGCCCUGUGCGUGCCACCACAGGUAUCACCGGGUGAUGUGGUGAGUGUGGCGGGGGUGUUCCUGCCGGUGCCCUUUGUGGGGUUCAAGGCCAUGCGGGCAGGCCUCACGGCCGACACGUACCUCGAGGCCAUGUCCUUCCACCACUCCAAAAAGCGCUUCUCCGAGUACGCGAGUGAGCAGACGCCAGAGGAGGCAGCGGCGGUGCAGCAGCUGGCAGCGCAGGGCAGCAGCGACGUGUACAGCCGCCUCGCCCGCUCCAUUGCUCCCGAGAUCUACGGCCACGAUGACGUGAAGAAGGUGCUGCUGCUGCUGCUCGUGGGGGCGCCCACCCGCAGCCUGCCGGAUGGCAUGAAGAUCCGUGGGGACGUGCACGUGUGUCUGAUGGGCGACCCCGGGGUGGCCAAGAGCCAGCUGCUCAAGCACAUCGUCACAGUGGCGCCCAGGGGCGUGUACACCACCGGCAAGGGCAGCAGCGGCGUGGGGCUCACUGCUGCCGUCACACGUGACACUGUCACCGGCGAGAUGGUGCUGGAGGGCGGCGCUCUGGUGCUAGCGGACAUGGGCAUCUGUGCCAUCGACGAGUUUGACAAGAUGGACGAGAACGACCGCACCGCCAUCCAUGAGGUGAUGGAGCAGCAGACAGUGAGCAUAGCCAAGGCGGGCAUCACCACGUCGCUCAAUGCUCGCACCGCCGUGCUGGCCGCUGCCAACCCCGCCUGGGGGCGCUAUGACAUGAGGAGAACCCCAGCGGAGAACAUCAACUUGCCGCCCGCACUGCUCUCCAGAUUCGAUAUUCUCUGGCUCAUGCUCGACCGUGCUGAUGUGGACGCUGACCUGGCGCUCGCCCGUCACGUGCUGCACGUGCAUCAGCACUCCGCGCCGCCCGCUCUUGACUUUGAUCCCGUUGACCCAACGCUGCUCAGGAACUUCAUAGCGACGGCGCGGACGUACGAGCCGAGUGUGCCGGAGGAGCUGACGGACUUCAUAGCGUCGGCCUACGCGGGGCUGCGGCAGGAGGAGGCCGCCAGCGAUGCCCCUCACACCUACACCACCGCGCGCACCCUGCUCUCCAUCAUGCGCCUCGCUGAGGCACGGGCGCGGCUGCGGCUGGCGGGGGCGGUGGCGCAGAGCGAUGUGGAGGAGGCGCUGAGGCUGAUGCACGGGUCCAAGGCGUCGCUGCAGACGGAGGCCCGGCAGCGCGCAGGGCUGGACGCCAUCUCCGCCGUCUACUCCAUCGUGCGGGACGAGGCUGCGCGUGCGCGCUGCACCGUGGUGUCCUACUCCGACGCCCUCAACUGGAUCACCCGCAAGGGGCACAGCGAGGCGGAGCUGAGGGAGUGUUUGGAGGAUUAUGCGGAGCUCAACGUGUGGCAGAUAGACCAGGACUCCCUCACCAUCCGCUUCAUUGACUCUUGA